CAACCCCUCGACGUCACCCUCUGUUUUCGACUGUGAAACUGCAGUGACCAUCACUCUUUUUCGGAUGGGGGGCAUCGCAUUCAAGUGGUCACCAAUAGUUCGUACAGAAGGAACAAGUACCUGAUUCCGCCGCUGUAGAACACCCCGCGAGCCUCCCGUACGCCGCGUCAAGCCCCCACUAGAGAGCUAUACCAACAUCGGCUAUAUUUACUACGCGUGGCGAGCUGCUGCAAAAGCUGCUGGAGCUUCGCCUGUACGAUAUCAAGUAAGAAAGAGCGACGGGUAUAGACAACGAUGGCCAGCGCGCGAGACAGCGAUUUCUACGUGAACGUGACGAGCGACGGCUGUCGAGACGAGGCGGACGAGAGACUCAGCACUCACAGUGCGCGGCACCAGGACGACGCAGAGUACACAAGUGUGCUGUACGCGAGACCAGAGGAGGUUAUGUCGCCCACGUCGUCCAGCAGCAACGGCUCCGGCUCCGAGUUCUUCUCGACGGGUCAUCAAUUAAAGAACGGGACUACUGGAGAUAUCAGAGCGACUAAUGCUGCAGCACCAACGUCGGCUACAGCUACAGAAACAGAAACAGAUUCAGACCUGGAAGAGAGUCGUAGUGAUGCAGACAAAGAGAAGGAGCACGUGAUACGAGCCAUGAAUGUUGCUGAGGACAAAAGCGAUGCUGACGCUGAAGCUACAGAUGACGAAGAAUGCAAAGGGCUUGGCGAAACUGGUACAGCUGAGGAAAAGGAUCAAGAUCGGUUUAAAUUGGCGAUUGCAUUGGACUUUGAGACAGAUACAAAUGCUGCGAUGAGUAUUGGACCACCCAGCGUCACUCGACAGACGUCGAGUAGCUUUUCGGACCUUGGAGAUUAUGAAGACUUCUCGUUUUCUGAUGCAAUUACUAUCCCGAAUGGUGGAGGCCCUGGGAGCGUUGAGAGCAGCAGCAAUUCGGGCACACCUACCACGUUUUACCCUAUUUAUGAGAACGAGGCCUUUCGAUUCACGCAUGCAAGCGUAAGCAACUGUGGAUAUGGCAGCUACGACGCGAUUGAGAAGAUUCCUGGAGUAUACACAAACAGUCCCGCAAGAAGUGCUCGCAGUGCGAACUCGCCGACGAUGCUGCGUCUUGAUAACUAUGGCUACAAUGGAGGCCGAAUUACGCCAACUUUCCAACUGACGCAACCGGCAGAUGAGUCACAACCGCUGAUUGGAGAUAUUUAUCCGGUUUCUGGUGAGGUAGUACGGCUACGAGUUGAUAAUGCUGCCUAUAUUAUUUUCUACAAGAGCGACGAUAGCGGCGAAGAGCAGAACACGAAGAAUGAAAUGCUAGCAAUGUCCUCCUCGUCCGAGGAUGAUGUAGAUACAAGCGAGUGGAACGAAGAGGGCUCUGGAAGAGCACCCCCACCUCGGUCGUAUGCUUCACUGGGUGCUGCUGGUCACAAGGUGCAAACCGACAACUGCUUCACUCGCGACUACAACCACCCCACUCGGUCUUUGGGUAGAGGUCUCUUUCGUGCUUCCACGAGCGUUGGCAGUGCAUUCCUCAAGGGUGCGGCUGGUCUGGUAAAUAAAACAUAUCAAGGCGGAGCAAACGGCGGCGUAUUUGGCUUCGCCAAAGGACUAGGAAUGGGGAUGCUAGGCCUGGGUACACACACUGUUAAAGGCGCGUUCCGAGGAGUUGGACAAGUGACGCACCUGGUCGGCGAGAUGGUUUUGGGGACUGCACCACAUUUCAGCAUUGAUGGUACGCUGGUACUUACGAACUAUCGUAUCAUUUGGCAAGCUCUUAGUACAAAAGACGCGAUGGAAAUCCCGUUGGCGUCCAUUUUGUCCGCUGAAAGCUCGACGACAGCGCCUCAUGUCGCCAAUAUUGAAGGCAAGCAUCUUUUGCGUGCCUCUCUGGCAUUUCAGGAUGAAACUACGUGCUCGGAUUUCUUGGGUUGCAUCUGGGAGCUUUACUCUACUGGUGGUUCGCCUCCUCAUUAUCUAUUCGCGCACUUGCAUUAUCAAGCACUACGACAUAAGGAUGAAUUGAAGACGCCCGAUGGAUCAGGUCUGGAGACUCCAAAUGACUCUUUGUACGACGCUGAGGAAGACUAUCGCCGGUUAAAGUUGCUGGAUGAAGAUAGCUGGAUGCGGUUGUAUGACAACUCGGAUUACACCAUGUUCCCAUCAUAUCCAGACACGUUCGUGAUCCCGUCUGUACUCGACGAAGACGAUCUUCGCGAGCUGAGCGCUUAUCGCAGUGCAAGUCGCAUUCCUGCAGUCGUGUGGCGUCACCCGCACACAGGAGCACUUGUGUGUCGAUGUGCUCAACCGUGUACAGGUCUAAGUGGAUACGUUGUGGAAGCCGAUCAGAAAAUGGUGUCUGCCCUUCAACACGCAACGAGCGCGUAUGGUGACGCGAGGUUUCACUUCUUUGAUGCACGUAGUCAAAUGGCAGCGGCGGCCAACUCGGCACAAGGCAAAGGCACGGAGGAUCCACGAAAUUACCCGAACUCGGAGCUCCAUUUUUGUGAUAUCGCGAAUAUCCAUGCCGUUCGUUCAUCAUACGCUUCGCUAGCAUCAGUCUGCCAGCCUGGACAGGAACGGGAGAGCAGUGGCUGGCUGUUUCAGCUGCGAAACACUUUUUGGUUUCUGCAUAUAUCGAAUAUCCUCUCGACGUCGCAGGAGAUCUGUCGAUAUCUCAGUCAGGGCAACUCGGUGAUGAUUCACUGUAGUGACGGAUGGGACCGUACGCCACAACUGACAGCCAUGGUGCAGCUCUUGUUGGAUCCAUACUACCGCACUGUCCGUGGAUUACUGUGUUUAAUCGAGAAGGAGUGGUGCUCGUUCGGACAUCUCUUUCGAUACCGCUAUGGACAUGGCGAAGGUCCAGGCCAGCAAGAGCUCGAGGAACAGUCUCCCGUGUUCAUUCAGUGGCUGGAUGCAUUGUGGCAGAUUUGGCGUCAACAACCGUGGGCGUUCGAGUUCAAUGAAGCGCUUCUUUCUGCACUUUACGAAAGUAUUUUCUCGGGACUGUAUGGCAACUUCCUGUACAACAACGAACGGCAGCGGAAACAAGAGGAGGCAACUGCACCAACCCGAUCGCUGUGGUUUGUGUUACUGGAGCAAAUGGAGAAGUAUUUGAAUGUGGAGUACGACAGCGCCAAGAACUUCAACAGCAUUGGGUUAGUCCUUCCGUUCUCGUCAGAGGAAAACGAUUUGGUGAUGUGGGCAAACCACUUGGUCUAUGCUGACCCUGUCUGCCGAAAGUACGAGUGAGGGGUCUUCUAUUCCAACCUCAUUCGGUCAGGAUAACAGGUUCGAGCUGAAGCAAACAGAUAAAUGUCGCUACGCCGUGGUCAGGCAGCGUUGUGCUUACGCGAGCAUCAUAUCGAGAAAUUCAAGAACCGGGAGCUCGAGCUUGUUUUCCAAGAGAUGUUUGUCGCUGCAAAAGAUAAGUGGACUACAGUUAUAACUAUUAUCGCAUCGAUGCCCAGAAGAAACGACGUACAGGAAUUCCGCCGUUCGAUCACGCUGAUUUUCAGAUGAACGAGGUGAAGUGGAGUGGCUCUUGUUUUUCCCACCGGGACAUUUUGCCGCUGUGCUGGAUACGGCACUGUUAUGUGGCAGAGCUGACAAAUGCAAUUAGGUAGAGUAGGUUAGCAGUAGGUAAGAUAGGAUAAGUUGUUAGUCUUGUAGAACUACUAUGGUUAAGCGCAAAAGGCAAUAAAGCUGACCUGGUGGCGGUGAUGUUACCAGUGGGCGCUUGCGGUGUGAUCUGGAUUU